GCAAUAAAUCCCAGGACAGCGGCAUCGUAGAGAUGGAGGAGCUUCCUGUCCCUCAGAACAUCAAGAUCAGCAACAUCACAUGUGACUCCUUCAAGAUUUGCUGGGACAUGGAGCCCCGGGUCAAGGAGCGCAUCACUCACUACUUCAUCGACCUCAACAAGAAAGAGAACAAGAACUCCAACAAGUUCAAACACAAGGUAACCUAUUACCACACACACAACAACAACUAGGCUAUUUCAAAGGAAUAACUCACAGUUUAUAAUACAAUCAAUCAAAUGUAUUUUAGAAAGCCCCUUUCACAUCAGCAGUUCUUUAGAUACCCAGCCUAAACCCCCAAAGAGCUCCUCCAUCUCUCCCUAGAGCAGGAAGUUGUCUAUAAAAUGAUUUCUACAUGAUGAGGCAAGUUCUUUAGUUAGAGCUAUAACACCAACCAGUAUGUACCCACAUCAUAACCUUUAUACACCAAACAAGUAGUGUAACAGGCGUAAUAAGUAUGUAAACAAAGAGUAUCUGAAAUAAUACAACACCAUUUCUUUGGGUGAACUAACACUCGGACUUGACUUUUUCCCGCCCUUACUAGCUCUGACUUUGCUGAUAGCUACUUUAAUGAGGAAAAAUGUACUUACUAUGACUGUGGUUGUCCCACCUUGCUAUCUUAGGAUGAAUGCACUAACUAAGUCGCUCUGGAUAAGAGCAUCUGCUAAAUUACUAAAAUCUAAAUGUAAACAAAGGAUAGAUAACCUUUUACCAGAGUUCAGAAGUAGAACUAACACUCCCACACACUCUCUAACACCAGGGAACCUUUUGUAUUCUAAUAGAUUUAGCUCUGAGCAUUAACGAUAUCACACAGCGCUAGCAGAGACUAAUUGCACAAAUAUGGCUGCUGUUUCAGCCUUUAAUCUAAUGGAUCUAAUGUAAGAUUUUGCAGAUCUAUUUCAUCAGUCUCCCAGCUCCCAUUCACAUUCUGGGUGUAGUGAACAUAAAAGCCCUCCCAAAGGAAGUGUUUUUCUUCCCAUUCUCUGUGUGAAUAUAGAUCGAAUGCAUUUACUUUCAUUACAGCACGCAGGGAUGAUGUUGUGGAUUAAUGUACUGCUGUUGUCGCUAUACAGGGCUGGUGUAAUAUUGCAGGGUGGGCCCAAUCUAUGUCCUGCUAAUGCAUAGAUAUAGGAAGUAUAGUACUAGGCUAUACUGUGGAGAUGGGGGAAGGGGAACGCCACAGGAGUCUAUACAUGUCGUUCAUGCAGCUUAAAGGUCCAAUUCAGCUGUUUCUUCUCUCAAUAUCAAAUCAUUUCUGGGAAACAAUGAAGUACCUUACUGUGAUUGUUUUCAAUUAAAAUGGUCAAAAAUAAACAGAAAUAGCUUCUUAGCAAAGAGCAAUUUCUCAAGCAAGAAUUUUGCUAGUACAUUUUUACAUUUUAGUCAUUUAGCAGACGCUCUUAUCCAGAGUGACUUACAGAUAGUGAGUGCAUACAUUUUCAAACUGGCCCCCCGUGGGAAACGAACCCACAACCCUGGCGUUGUAAGCGCCAUGCUCUACCAACCGAGCUACACGGGGGGACACUAGUACUGUCUGGGAGUGGUCUGACUUGGGAGGGGAAAACUGAAAACUAGCUGUUAUUGGCCGAGAGGUUUGGGACUCUCUAAUUGGUAUAUUAACUAAUUUACCGCCUGGUGAUGUCACCAGGCAGACCAAAACUCUAUCCCACCAAAACAGGCUGAAAUUUCAGGUGGUCUUUUCAAACAGCUCUUACACUAAAAGGGCAUUAUCAUAAUUUUUUCAAUUUCACAGUAUUAUUCCAACCGCGUAGGGAGGAAAUAUAUAUAUAAAACACAGGAAAAUCAAGUUUUUGACUGCACUGGGCCGUUAACACUAAGCAGUGUAUUAAUGCUGAUUUUGUGUUUUGGUGUGUGCGUGGCAUUAAAAUAUACUGUAUCAAUGAGGAGGCCACUGCUGAUAUGUUGCUUGUGCAGCUGAACAGUGAAUAAUGUGUUGAUUCAGAGUUUGUGUUUUGUAUGUAGAGUUGUAAACUUUUUGUAUGUUGAGUUUAAUCUCUCUCUGCCUGUGUCCCUGUCCAGGAUGUCCCCACUAAGCUGGUGGCGAAGGCAGUGCCUCUGCCCAUGACGGUGAGGGGUCACUGGUUCCUCAGCCCGCGUACAGAGUACACCGUGGCUGUCCAGACUGCCUCCAAACAGAGUGACGGAGACUACGCCGUGUCAGAGUGGAGCGAGAUCAUCGAGUUCACCACCGCUGGUAAGGCAGGGGGCAGAAGAGGGACAGGGAUACAAAGCUUUUAGCAACAAAAAAAAUGUUAGGCCUAUCCCUAAAACAUUCUAUCUUUAUUUGAUGUAGGCCUACGUUAUGUAUUCUCUCAUAUAUGGCUAAGGGCUAAUCCUAACCCCUGUUUCCAGAUUAUUCCACAGUGCAUCUAACCCAGCUGCUGGAGAAGGCUGAGGUCAUUGCAGGCAGGAUGCUGCGCUUCUCUGUGUUCUACAGGAACCAGAACAAAGAGUACUUUGACCAGGCCAGGUACGUACGAACGUCUGCACAACUGCCCUAACAGCCAGCACAAGUUUUAUUCUGACGUUAUGAUACUGUAUGUAAAAAAAUGUAUAAUACAGCAAAAUCACGUAAUACAUGACCCUUUGCUGUACCUCCUUCCCUUGUUACUGAAAUUGUCAUAUGCUUUUCUCAAAGCUCAAAGGCAGUGGUCCAGAUGUUAUGGUUUUAUGAAUUUUUGUAUAUACUCAGAUAUUAUAGGCUGUGCAUGUGUAGGUCUAGUUCUGUAUUUGGGGAGUUAGUCUAAGCUCAACAGAAAGGUAUUAUUGCAAAAAACGGUCUCCAAAUCCAUUAAAAAACUCUGCUUACAUUGCGUCAUACAAAAAAUAAAGUACCUGGGUUAGCAGAUUUAUAUUUGGGUAAAACAGCAGUUCCGGAUAUUUGUUUACUUAUAGGAUUUGCUGCAUUCUGAACUAGAAGAGUAACAUGGUCAGGAAACCUCUGAAUUACUAUUUUAUAAAACAGCAGCUUGCACAAGCUAAGUAUAAUUUUUUUGGUUCCCAUGUGCGCAUAUGUUGCUGGAACAAAUGACCUCCCCAAUGACUGCAUGCGUUGGACCAAAGUCUUAAAACGUAGCAGCUUUAAUUGCUGGAAUACAUGAAGAAAAAGAGCUGUGCCUGGAACAGCAAAGCCUUUUAAAGUAUAUUCUGAUGAAAGAGGAAGCUGAGUGUGUAGAAAGCACCUGACUGGAAAGCAAGAUUGAGAGAGACAGAGAGGAGAGAAGUAUUUUUAAUUGUUUGCUGAUGUGUUAAGCGAUUAUGUAUUUUUUUCUUCUUCGGAGAUAGGAGCACUUUCUGUUCUCUAGUUUUAUCUUCUCUAGUUUUCAUUUCUACGAAAUGGCUUAAUCUCUCGGAGAAUACACCCAGUGACAGUAAAAUGAGGCCUUUGCUAUGAUGACCUGGAUGGGACCUUAAUAAUUAGAUAGUUACCAUGACAAAGAGACAAUUAUGGUUAUAAUGACAACAUUUAAAGUGUUACCAAUGUAAUUACGCCAAUAAUUGAAGCCAUUGGAGCUCAGAUUUGCAUCAUAGGAAAUCUGACUGCCAAUUUAAACCUCAGAAGGUGCUUUCAAGUUUCUGCUAUUCAUUUGAGAUCUUUCCGAAUACAAUCCAUGUCUGUCUGUUUUUUGUUGUUGUCUGAGUUCUGUCUAGGGGGCAAAGAAACGUCUGUUUGCCAGUAAGAGAACUGAGGAGCAAUUCGUUUUUAUACUAGAUGAGUCUUUUUACUCAUUGUUUUUCUGAAAUGCAGCCUUUCUGAACACGUUGUUUGCAUUGUCAAGAGACACAGACAAGCUUUCAAUAGGAUCCAGCUGCUACCCAAAUCCCUGGUUGUAUUGAUGAUACAUUCAUUGUAAUAACUUAUAGUAUAGUGAUUACUCAGAUAGUUGUCCAUGUCUCCUCUCCAGGGAGGUGCAUGGGAACCGCAUGCUGCCAGCAGUGAAGGACAACAGUGGAAGCCACGGCUCACCUAUCAGCGGGAAGCUGGAGGGCCUCUACUUCAGCUGCAACACAGAGUUCAACACAGGCAAGCCCCCCCAGGACUCCCCCUACGGCCGCACACGCUUCGAGAUCCAGGCUGAGACCCUGUUCAACCCCAAGACUAACCUCUACUUCGGGGACUUCUACUGCAUGUACACGGCCUACCACUACGUCAUCCUAGUACUGGCUCCACAGGGCUCGCACGGCGAUGACUUCUGUAAGGCAAGGCUUCAAGCGCUCGACAUCACCAACAACCACUUCCUGACUUGCACGGUGGACGAGGAGGCGGGCGACGGGGCGCUGGUGUUCCGGCAUGCCCAGGAUGUGAUCCUGGAGGUGAUCUACACAGAGCCCGUGGACCUGACGCUUGGCACAGUGGCAGAGAUCAGCGGGCACCAGCUCAUGAGCCUGUCUACCGUCAACGCCAAGAAGGACCCCAGCUGCAAGACCUGCAACAUCAGCGUGGGACGCUAGUGGGAGUCUGGACUGGACUGCACCUGUGCUACACAGACGUACACACACGCAACCCCAACCUUUACACACCUCUAUAUCCACAAAGGACCACCCUCCCAAAAGAAGAACAUUGCAGGAGAGGGACCCAGACUGUGAAAGAAAUGUAACAACAGGGUAGGGUGCUAGAACUCCCAUUCCAUUAGCACACACACACACACAUUCCAUCCUCCUUUUCAACCUCAUAGGAACCAUCCUCCCAAAAGUGUGGCAUUCUAUUCAUCCCUCCCCUUUCCCAUCAGAAGAGAAACCAUGCAAAAUAGGGAGGCUCCCCAACUGAAAGAUCUACAGCUUAAGUGUGGGACCCUAA